CUUUUCUCUCGCUGUACUUCUUCUCUCUUCAAUCACAAUUAGCACUUUAUUUUCUUAUUCCUAAACCACUUUGCACCACCGACACUUUCAACCGCAACAACAUCGUAUAAGCUCCGUUCGCUAGUCAAAUGGACAUAGUACCGGAUAUUGAUCGCCACCAAAAAGAACAAGACCACAUAGUGCCCAAUUCAAUGAACACGCCAAUUUCUUCAGAACAGGCGACAGCGAACGGCAGUGAACCCGCGCCUCGCUUGCACCUCAUCAACGAAGAAAAGCAGUUCAGUGAUGAAUUAUCGAGAUACAUAAGCGAAAAGUGGGGCCUCAAGGAAUCGGGCUUCAACUACAACCUGGCAGCCAUCUUUGGAAGCCAGAGCACCGGAAAGAGCACACUUCUCAAUCGGCUCUUUGGCACCAACUUUGAUGUCAUGUCAGAAACAGCCAGGAUGCAGACAACCAAAGGAAUCUGGAUCAGUAAAGGCAAAGAUAUGAAGGUGUUGAUCAUGGACGUCGAGGGAACCGACGGUCGUGAGCGCGGUGAAGAUCAGGAUUUUGAGCGUAAGAGCGCCCUUUUUUCGCUUGCAACUUCUGAAGUGUUGAUUGUCAAUAUGUGGGAGCACCAGGUCGGACUCUACAAUGGAGCGAACAUGGGUCUGCUAAAGACCGUCUUUGAAGUCAAUCUGCAGCUCUUUGGCGGCAAUCGUGGAAAAGAGAAGACACUGCUGUUCUUUGUGAUCCGUGAUCACGUUGGAGCGACGCCCCUUGCCAACUUGUCGAAUACCUUGCGAGCGGAUCUGGAGAGGAUCUGGCAAGGUCUUUCCAAGCCAGAGGGACUUGAAGACUGCAAGAUCUCGGACUACUUUGACUUUAUGUUCACUACCCUGCCCCACAAGCUGCUGCAGCCCGAAAAGUUCGAGUCAGAAGUCCUUCAAUUGCGACAGAGGUUCUCUGAUCCCUCAAACCCAAACUAUGUCUUCCAGCCGCAUUAUUCAAGGCGUGUCCCCGCGGACGGUCUUCAGUUCUAUGCUGAAGGUAUCUGGGAAAAGAUUAUGACCAACAGGGACCUCGAUCUACCUACACAGCAGGAGCUGUUAGCGCAGUUCCGUUGCGAUGAGAUUGCGAACGCUGCAUUCGCCGUAUUCGCAGAGGCGAUCAAAACUUUCCGACGUCCUAUUGAAGCUGGAAAUGUGGUUGACGGUUUAGGGCCCAAGAUGAAUGAAAUCCGGGAUGUUGCCAUCAGAUCUUUUGACAAGGAUGCAUCCCGAUACCACCCCGAGGUAUACAAGCGUAAGCGCGGUGAGGUGUUGGCAAAGGCCAACUCCAUGCUAGAGUCCUUCUUUGUGGGUCAGCUCAAGAACCUGCACAAGAAGGCUGUCUUGCAGUUUUCGACCCGACUUCAGCAAGAUCUCAAAAAGGAAGGCGCGGAAUUCGGAAGCAUCUCCUCGGCCGCCAUGAAGGAAGCUGUCGACUUUUUUGUACAGGGUGCCAAGGCGAUCAAGCUAGAAGAGACUGACUGGGAAUACGAGGAGGAGCUGUACCAACUGGAGCACGACCUGCGGGAAUUUUCAAAGGCGCAGAGGGAGAAGGAAAUGGCCAAGAUGCUGGCAGUGCUGGAGAAGCAUUUGAAGAAAGAACUGGAUGAGCCCAUCAAGCUAGCACUGGACAAACCGGGGCCUGGUAUGUGGGGCCGCGUGAUUACAAUCCACCAGAGGACCGUCGAGGAUGGAGUGGCCAUGCUACACAAGAGGGCAAAGACGUUCGAUCUGACGGAGCAGGAAGAGAAUGAGCUCGUUGAUAACCUAAAAAGGCAGGGAUGGAUCCUGAUGACCAGGAAGGUGCAAGAGGAGUCUGUGGAUGGGCUGAUCCUGUACAAGCUGCUUAACCGGUUCGAGGAAUAUUUCCAGCGAGACGACAGAGGACUCCCACGAGUCUGGAAACCUGAGGAUGAUAUCGACACUCCCUUCAAGAAGGCUCGAGAUGAGACCGUGGCGCUGAUUCCUCUGUAUGCCAAGAUCGAUAACUUGGAUCCUGCGACGGGCACCCGCUUCACUCUUGAAUCUACAGAGGACUUUGAUUUCGACCAAUCCCUCAACAUCAUUUCAGAAACGCGCCAACAAGAACUGGAGACACAGCUCAAACGCAAGGUGGACGCAACCUAUGUGGAAGCCAAGCGGUCUGUGGUUGCCACUCAGGCUAAGGUUCCAUAUUGGGUUGGCGUCGCUCUGAUUUUCUUGGGCUGGAACGAAUUUAUGGCCGUGAUCACGAAUCCGUUAUAUCUGUCGAUGACCAUGAUGCUGGGCGUACCCAUUGCUGCACUAUGGUAUCUGAACAUGUUGGGAUUGGUCCAGACCAUGGGUAUGAGAGCGUACGAUCAAGCCUUGGUUUUCGGCAGAGACAAGUUGAGGGAAGUUGUGCACCCACCUGAGCCAGUACCGGUGCGGAUCCAGAACACGAGGUACGAUGAUGAUGACAAUGCGCGUCUGUUGCAUCAUAGAGACUCUGCGCGGUCAUUGAGUCAAGGCAGUGGACGUGGCGAGAAGAGCGAGCAGGGCACUGAACUGUACGCGUUCGAGGACAAGAAAACAUUGUGAAGGAUAUCAUUCAACGC